AUUACAGCAUCAGUGGUGCCGCCUCUUUGCCCUCAGCUUACUUCAACCACUGCCCCGCCGUUGCUGAAGCCGAACCCGUUGUCAACGAAGAGAUCCCAACCAUUGAUGUUUCUCUGCUAAAAAAUGGAACUCCUGAGGAACGUUCCAGGGUUAUCCUUGAUAUUGGGCGGGCCUGUGAAGAGUGGGGCUGCUUUAAUGUUGUGAAUCAUGGUAUAUCAGAGAGCUUACAGACGGCGAUGAUGGAAGCGUUCACCAAGUUCUUCAACCUCACAGAGGAGGAGAAGAAAUAUUACACGAAAACGAAUUUGUAUGAGCCGGUCUGCCAUGGCACGAGCAGUAAUUUGAUGGGCAUGGAUGUGCGAUUUUGGAGGGAUUUUCUUAGGGUUGUGGUCCAUCCGGUGUUCCACUACCCAGACAAACCUCGUGAUUUCAG